UUUCGUAUUUUCAAAAUUAUACAUGCCUUAGAUUUUCGUGGGGGCGUGGCAAAAUUUUGAAAAAAAUGAUUUAAUGAGAUAUGACGGGAUUCUGGAUUCCAAAUUUGGUUGCUCCAGCUCUUAUAGGACGGACGGACAGACAGAUAUGGCUAUAUCGACUCGGCUAUUAACGCUGAUCAAAAAUAUAUAUACUUUACGGGGUCGGAAACGAUUCCUUCUGGUCGUUACACGCAUCCACUUCCAGCCAAAAACCGAAUAUACCCCUAUACUCUUUGGGUAUCGGGCAUUAAAACAUCUUUAGUCUCUUGCUUGCCAGGGCAUUCCUUUUCGCCAAUAAUUGCAAAUGUCUUUGGAAGUUAAUUUCUCCAGACUGGUCGGACCACCGCCCUAAGAAGCAGCUGUGAAAUUCUCGCCAGGCCCCUGCCAUUGACCAUAGCCAAUUAUCAAACGUACUCGUAUCUGUACGCCUUCAAAGUCGCAUUCAUUGGGAACAACUAGUACUGUACGGUUAUACGGACUUGAAGAUGGUCGAACGGGUCGGAUUCAGUCUGAGCGAUAAAGGAAAGAGUUUCUUGAAGCCGUAUAUCGCGAUCAGGAUGGUUUAUCGGAGGCCGGAUGAGUGUCCCGAGCACACAGUGCCAUACCUAAACCGAGAUCAGCUAAAAGCUAUUGGAUAUUACCCGAACUCGGAGGAAAGCAGCCGACCCGGUCGAAGGAACUGGCAUCUGUUCGUUAUGAUUAAGGCGACGAUAUUUUUCGGCUCAGUGACUUAUGCCAUUUUCGAAUCCCUGGACAACAUUGUGGAAUGGGGUCGGGAUCUCGCCUUCAUAAUAGCGUCGUUUUUCAUAUAUUUCAAGCUGAUAUAUUUCCUGCUGUAUGCCGAUAACGUGGACGAGGUAAUCGACGGCCUCGAGGAUUGCUACCGUUGGGAGAGAGCGGGCCCGGCUGCUGCAGGAGUGCGAUCGGCAAAACGCUUGCAUUAUCUGAUUGUCAUCGGAAUGCAAAUUGUUUGGCUGGCUUUCAUGGUAGUCUUCGUCCUGCUAUUGGUUACCACGCCCCUCUGGACAGAACUGUCGCUACCGUUCCAUGCAGCCUUUCCGUUUCACUGGCACGAUCCUUCGAAGCAUCCGUUCACGCACAUUCUCAUCUACUUGUCGCAAACUUUCGACUCUGCCUACUUUCUCAUGUGGCUCAUCUCCAUCGAAGGCAUGUCAGUGGCCAUUUAUUCCCAGCUGACGACUGCGUUGAGUGUCCUGUGCGUUGAACUUCGGCAGCUCCACCAGUUCUGCGAUGGAGACGAGGAUCUGCUGCGAUGGGAGAUCAGUCGUCUGGUCAAAUAUCAUCAGAAGAUAAUCAAUCUGGUGGAUCGGUGCAAUGAGGUAUUCCACGGCCCAUUAAUCAUGCAAAUGAUCGUCAACUUCUUGCUGGUCUCCCUGUCGGUCUUUGAGGCAAUGAUGGCCAGGCACGACCCCAAGGUGGCAGGCCAGUUUAUAGUUCUAAUGAUCUUGGCCUUGGGUCAUUUGUCGAUGUGGACGAAAUUCGGGGAUGUAAUGUCGCAGGAGUCGCUGGAAGUGGCCGAUGCUGCCUACGAGGCUUACGAUCCGAAUAUUGCUUCGAAGGCAGUCCAUAAGGAUCUACGCGUUGUAAUUAUGCGAUCCCAAAAUCCGCUGAUAAUGAGAGCCAAUCCCUUUCCUGCCUUCAAUAUGAUAAACUACAUGGCCAUACUCAACCAGUGCUACGGAAUCCUCACCCUUCUGUUGAAUACUAUGGAAUAGGUUCUACUAAAUUCUAUAUAUGUAUUUCGAUGUACAGUUUUGAACUUUAAGCUCGGCUUCUGAAGCAUUUGAUAAUGCACUUAUAUUUAAUCGAUUCCCAUAUGAAACCCACGGCUUUCCCAUCCUCCAAGUCCCGGAUCCUGCUGUCAUCGACGGUUCAACGAUUGACCAGCGUUUGAUAACCUAUUUCCAGAAUUGCUUUUUGUUGGUUCCUCGACGGCAAACAAGUUUCCAUGAAGUUCAGUAAAUUUGCGACUAAAGAUGGCAAUAAAUGGCAAUGCAAUCUG